AGAGAGAGAGAGAGGGAAGAAGGGUGUGAUCGUGAACGCACCACCCUCUCUCCCCCCUGUAUGAGCGGCUAGUCGCUGGAGUGACUCCUCUCUCACACACAGAAUAUAAAAAAGUUGGGCAAAGUCUGCCGCGUCUUCAAAGCUCCGAGGCGAACGCAGCAACUCUCCCCCCCUCUGGAACUAGAGCGGACACAGAGAAGACACCCCCGCGCCUCCUCCUCUUCCUCCUCCUCCUCCUCCUCCUGCUCCUCUCCUCCCGUUUACCGCGCUCAGACCGCUGGACUCCACGCUGAAGGAUGUGGGCGCUGCUUCUCGGGGUCACUUUCGGAUUACUGACCUCCGCCAGAACGGACUCGGCUCAAGUACAUUCCCGGACCUGCAGCUUUGCUGGAGUGUUCCAUGUGGAAGGAAGCAACCGCUACUCCCUGACGUUCGACCAGGCCGAGAAGCUGUGCCACGCCAUCGGCACGGUGCUGGCCAAUGAGGAGCAGGUCAGGGAGGCCCACGCCAAAGGCUUAGAGACAUGCAGGUAUGGCUGGAUUAGCACCCGCAACACAACGAUCUUACGGCACCAACCUCAUUUCAACUGUGCGAACAAUCAGACUGGAGUACUCUUCCUCACUGAGAAGCUGGACCAGCCCUAUGAUGCCUACUGCUUCGAUCCGUCAGAUACGUUGGAAAAGAACUGUGAUAAACAAAUCGUCAGAGUUGAGGACUUACCCGCAGAUGGCAAGGAGGCCCCUGCGGAUGAGCCCAGCCCAGAUGGGGAAGGUGCGGGAGAGGAGGUGGUGACGGACGCUCCCGUCGCCGCGGCGCCUGAGGAGGACCAGGGAGCAGCUCCCGAAACCACUGCGGAGCCAGAGGCCGAGGGCGAAGCAGGGGAGCAGCCUGACGCUGCAGCGACCCCUGACCCCGCAGAAUCCGCGGAAGCCGCAGUCCCUGCAGACCCUGCUGAAACAGGGGAACCAGCCGAAACAGGGGAACCUGCCGAAACAGGGGAACCAGCCGAAACAGGGGAACCAGCCGAAACAGGGGAACCUGCUGAAACAGGGGAACCAGCCGAAACAGGGGAACCUGCUGAAACAGGAGAACCAGCCGCAACAGAGGAACCAGCCGAAACAGGGGAACCUGCGGAAACAGGGGAACCUGCGGAAACAGGGGAACCAGCCGAAACAGGGGAACCAGCCGAAACAGGAGAACCAGCCGAAACAGGGGAACCUGCGGAAGACGGUGGGGAGGAUGCGGAGCAGGCCACACCCCCAGCCCCGGCCCCGGAGGCACCGGAAGACUCAGAGGCGGGGCCGAGCGAGGAUCCAGCCAGCGAGGAGCAGCCCACAGAGGCGGAGGAGCAGCCAGGUGCUGCCGUCCCGGCCGAGGACCCCCCCUCGGGGGAAGCUGUACCCACGCCCGACCCCGCCAUGGAGGGGGAGGUGCAGCCCGUCGACCACGGCCAGGACCUGGCCGCGGCGGCCCCCCCGCCGAACGAAGCUUCCAUCCCCGUCGGCCCCCAUGGACGGAUGAAUGCGGACGUGGGCCCCACUGCAGCAGGGCGAGAGAGCGGCGGCACUCCAGAUUGGCUGAUCAUCAUCGUCGUGGUAGCAGCCAUUGCUGUCAUUCUCCUUGUGUGUGCCGCGAUCGCCACCAGGAACAGGUGGUGCGGAAAGCAGCAGACGCUGAUGAUCACGUCGAAGGAGGCGGGCGAGGGGAACGGGGCGGCGGCCUCCAGCGCACGCGCUCAGGAGCGAGACCAGGAGAUGGUGACGCUGAUGAACAAAGAGAAGAUCCAGGAGAACGGGAACACGGAGGAGUUCACCGUGAUCACGCUGGAGGAGUCGCCAGACAAGUCCCAGCUGGCCUAGGCAACGGGGGGG